AUGAUAAUCUUAUCCCCCAAAUACCUCAAACUAGAGUCCUCCAAUUUCCUCAAAUUAGGGCAACAGGAGAUGCAACAAUAUCAAGACUCCCUAUUCCUUUACAAUCAAAUGAUAAUCUUAUCCCCCAAAUACCUCAAAUUAGAGUCCUCCAAUUUCCUCAAAUUAGGGCAACAGGAGAUGCAACAGUAUCAAGGCUCCCUGUUCCUUUACAAUCAAAUGAUAAUCUUAUCCCUCAAAUUAGAGUCCUCCAAUUUCCUCAAAUUAGGGCAACAGGAGAUGCAACAGUAUCAAGGCUCCCUGUUCCUUUACAAUCAAAUAAUAAUCUUAUCCCCCAAAUACCUCAAAUUAGGACUCUCAGGAGAUGCUACAGUAACACAUUUACAAUUGCAUUCUUCUUCAAGCCCACCAUUAAAUUUACUGCCUAAUGUAGAUGGUAAUUAA